GCAUAUAAAUAGCCCCAUCACACUACUCAUUUCUCACAAAACAAAAUCUGAACUUCAAAACCAAAGCUUCCCACUCUCGUUAUUCUCUAAACCAUUCUCAAGAAAAAAACUCAAAAUGUCUUCAUUAGUUUUCAAACUCUUUUUAUUUGUGUCUCUCUUCCAAAUCUCAAUCUCUGCUAGGAAACUAGCACAAGAUGAACCAAACCAGUUCCAAUCAUUGAAAUACCACAAAGGAGCUCUUCUCUCCGGCAAAAUCUCCAUUAACCUAAUCUGGUACGGAAAAUUCAAACCAGCUCAAAGAGCAAUCAUCUCCGAUUUCAUCACUUCGCUUUCACAUUCCUCUUCAAAAUCUCCAAACCAACCAUCUGUCGCCACGUGGUGGAAAACCACUGAGAAAUACUACAAACUCGCCGCAGGAGAUAAAACUCCUUCUCCUUCACUCUCACUCACUCUCAAGUCACAAAUCCUCGAUGAGACUUACUCUCUCGGAAAAUCUCUAACAGACAGAGACAUCCGCAAGUUAGCCUCAAAAGGAGAUCAGUACGAUGCGGUUAACGUUGUUUUGACUUCAGCUGACGUGGCGGUAACUGGAUUUGGUAUGAGUCGAUGCGGGACACACGGACAUGCUCGUGGUAAUGCGGGUAAACGCGGAUCCAAAUUCGCUUAUAUUUGGGUCGGAAACUCCGAAACGCAAUGCCCGGGUCAAUGCGCGUGGCCAUUUCACGCACCGGUGUACGGUCCUCAGAGCCCGCCGCUCGUGGCGCCGAACAACGAUGUGGGACUCGACGGUAUGGUGAUUAACUUAGCGAGUCUUUUAGCUGGAACCGCAACGAACCCCUUUGGUAAUGGUUAUUACCAGGGCCCACAAAACGCACCGCUUGAAGCUGCGUCCGCGUGUCCUGGUGUUUAUGGGAAAGGAGCUUAUCCUGGUUACGCUGGAAAUUUACUUGUCGAUGCUACGACGGGAGGUAGUUUUAAUGCGUAUGGUGCAAACGGCAGGAAGUUCUUGCUACCUGCGUUGUAUGAUCCUACAACGUCGGAUUGCUCUACUAUGGUUUGAGGAAGAAAAAAUAUGUUUAAUGUUUCAUCUUUUUGUUUUGUAGUAGAAAACGAUACUAUUAUUCUAGUGUAAUUCUUUUAUUUUAUUCAUUAAUAUUAUUCUGAGUUCUCUUAUUGUUGUAUGAUUUUCAUAUUUUUAUAUGCAAAUUAUUCAAAAUCGAAAAGACUUCUAUU